ACUCCCUCUCUGCUCUCUCUCCAAUUCCAUGGAGUUUGAUCUCGAAAACCCAUUAACCCAUCUCCAAGAUCUCCACUCCUCCGACGCCCCUUCUCUCUUCCUCAUCGAAUCCGAUCACAUGCUCUCUCAAUCUUACCUUCACUCUCUACAAGCUUCUCCGUCUGAUUUCGCCGUCCGACGAGACACCAUUUCUUUAAUCUCACACUGCUCCUCCAACUCCAACAUCGACCCUCACUUCUCUUACCUCGCCGUCAACUAUCUCGACCGCUUCUUCUCCAUUCAGGGAGUUCCGCAACCGAAGCCAUGGGUCUUGCGGCUUCUCGCCGUUGCUUGUGUUUCUCUGGCUGCGAAAAUGAAGCAAACAGACCACAAUCUCUUCGAUUUUAUGGAACAGAGCAAUGAGGGAUUCAUAUUUGAUCCUCAAACACUCCACAGAAUGGAAGUUCUCAUCUUGGGUGCUCUUAAAUGGCGAAUGCGCUCAAUCACUCCUUUCUCUUUCAUCCCCUUCUUCAUUUCCCUCUUCAAACUCAGAGACCCACCAUUCUUGCAAGCCCUCAAAGCCAGAGCUACAGAGAUCAUCUUCAUAGCUCAAAAUGGGAUUGAGGUUUUGGAGUUCAAGCCAUCAGUAAUUGCAGCAGCAGCUCUGCUUUCAGCCUCGCACGAGCUCUUCCCAAUUCAAUAUCCUUGCUUUAGAAAAGCAAUCCUUGAGUGUUCAUAUGGAAAUACAGAGGAAAUGUUGGUGAAAUGCUUCGAGAGAGUGCAGGAGAUAGUGAUAAAUGGGUACGAAAGGGGAUUGGAAAUGGAAGAGAGGUCAGACACGGAGGCCAAUGUGCUCGACCACCAUUUUUCGAGCUCUGAAAGUGAAAAUACGUUCAUGCCGGGCAGAGGCUCCUCCAGCCUGAUGAACAGAGCAGAUAAGGGUGGAAAGAAGAGAAAAGUAAUGGUUGGGUACUGCAAGAAUCAGACGGUGCGGAUGUCUCAGAUCCAGCAAUGUUGAUGAGAUGAGGAAGACUGAAAGUGACAGUUGAGUGGCCUGACUCGUCAGAGGGGCGAGGAGAAAGAAGAGGGGAUUUGUAUGUAUGUAAGCAAUGGAGGGAUUCUGGUAAGGGAGAAAAAACAGGGGAAGGGGAAAAGAGGGAAUUUUUGUUCCUUUUUGCUGGGAUUUUGGGACCAAAACAAAGACAAAACAGAGCUUUGAAGUUAGAAGUGGAGCUGGGGUGUUUGGAUUUGGAUUUUGUGUUUUUGUGUUUUUGUGUUUUUUUUUUUUUUUUUGGUUUUAGUAUGGCUUGGCUUUCAAGUUAAAAGGUCAAGUUGGUAAUUUUACUUACAUCUCCUUCUCGAGCUCCGGUAGUAUAUACUAAUCCAAAAUAAAGAGCUUUGAACCGUA